AUGCAACCUUUUCAUCUUACUGCCACUGGUUAUAAUCUCAAUUAUCUCCCUGAGUAUAUCGCCUUACGGCAUGGUUUCUUUAAAGAGCAAGGACUUGACGUCACUGUAAACAUACCUACGCCUUGGGAUGGUGUCCUUGACGCUCUCGCUGAUGGCACAGCCGACAUGGCUCUUGGUGGCAUCUGGGUACCAUCAAUGUACCGUGACAGAGUUAAGGACUACACUGUAUUCGCACAGAUUGCAAAUCGAUGUCCUUUAGCCAUACUCAGGCGUGGCCAUAACGAAGGAUUUAAACUAUCUGAUAUGGUUGGGAGCACGGUUCUGAUGAAAUCCGGCGGUGGAGCUAGCGUUGGCCUUUUCUUCAAGAUGUUAUUGCGCGAAAACAAUAUCGAUCAUAAUUCUCUUGACUAUAUUCAAGAUCUUGAUGGUAUAAUGCUGGGCAAUUUAUUUCAGGGUGGUAUGGGUGAUUAUUUCAUAACAGACAAUCUUUCGGCGCGGGUUAUGGUUGAACAAAACAAAAAUAUCUCCAUCGCGAUGGAAAUGGUAUCUCAGAAAGAUGUUCCUUGGAGCGUGUAUUAUCGGGAGACUGAAGGAAUCACGCCGGAGGUUCUGGAUGCACAAAAGCGUUUUUGUGUUGGUCUAGCUAAAGGUAUUGAUUGGGUACUCGAGCAUGAUGCAGAGACGUUCAAAGAUGAGCUCUCUGAGCUCUUUCCUUCGACACCUAUCAAUUCUGUUGUUAGUGUGACGAACUCUUUCCGGAAAAAUGGAAUGUGGACUUCCACCGAGAUACCCCGUGAAGGAUAUAAGAGGUGGCAGAUUGGACUUGCUGGUCACCGUCUGAUUAAGGAACCGUUUCCUUAUGAAGUCGUUGUUGACAAUGGACCAGCAUCUGCGGCGCAAAAAUUACGGGUUGAAAAAUAG